CUCUCUCCCCAGUUUCCCUGACUGCCUGGGGCAAAGAAACCAUGACCAGGCGGCCCAGCUGCCCAUCCCACCCGCGACCCGGAGUUGGGGGCAGGCAGGGGGGCCCCCGAGUGGGCGGGGCUCUCCUCCCUUUAGAGAAGGGGAGGAGCUGGACGGAAAGGGGAGGAGCGAUGAGCGCUUCCUGCUUGGGCUCUGCAAACUCCUGUCUCGGGUGGUUCCGGGAGGGGGAUCCACGUGCGUGGCCGGCGGUGAUCGCGGAUCUUUUCCUGCGCGCAUCUCUUGGGGAGCGGAGUCCGGGCGAGGAAGAGAGCCGCCUCUUUCCUAUCCAGCGCCAGACACUCUCAUGGCCUCGUCUUCAUCUCCUGGAACUUCAGGUCUUUGUAAUGGAGGAUUAACAGCGGUUGAGCUUCCAGUGCAGAAUUGGGUAUCAUUUGAAGAUGUAGCUGUGUUUUUCUCCGUGGAGGAAUGGGCCCUGCUGGAUUCAAAGCAAAAAGCCCUGUACCGGGAGGUCAUGCUGGAAAACAAAAGGAACUUGGCCUCCUUAGGACAAGAUACUGUACUUUUCCAUCAACUCUUUCUUAGGCUACAAGUGUCUUCCAAAGGAAAGCGACCAAGUUCUACUCCAGCUCAACAUGGAGCAGGUGAUGGAUGGGAGAUGGAGGAUUCUGGCCAAGAGGCAGCAGCACCUUUGCCAAAAGACAAAAAAGAAGUUGUAGAAAAGAUGUAUGGAAAGCAAAGUUCGGAAGAAAACCAGUUAACGGGGGAGCUGGAGAGUUGCUCUAGUUUACCUUCUCCAGAUACCAAUGUCUUAUUGGACACAGAAGAUUGCCAUGAAAAAGAAGUGUGUUCAAGGUGUGGGAAAACACUCGUUAUGGAUGGAUUGGGAUUAUGUGACUGUUGCCAAAGCCCUGUUGAAGAGAAACAAGAUGAAAGCAGGCAAUGCUCCAGGAGGACCCAUCCUCCUCCUUUACAUGAAAGAAUACAAGAAGGAGGGAAAAUGUACAAAUGUACGGAGUGUGCAGAAAGUUUUGGUACAAGCCACUCUCUAGCAUUGCAUAAAAAGUUUCACAAAGCAGAGGAUCCACAUAAAGGUCUGGAUUGUGGAAGGACCUUCAGGCAGAAAAGUCACCUUAAUUCACAUAAGAAGAUCCACAAACAGAGGAAGCAGCAUCAAUACAUUAAUAGGGGAAACAGCUUCGGAAGCAGCGCCUCCCUUACUUCCCAUCAAAGCAUCCACAGAGAGGAGAGGUUGCAUCAAUGCAGGGAGGGUAGAACGAGGUUUACUCGGAGCAAGGAACCGAAUUCCCGGAAAAAAAAACCCACUGAGAAGAAAUCAUAUAAAUGCCUAGAAUGUGGGAAGAGCUUCACCGAGAAAAGUCAUUUUAAUUUACAUAAGAGGAUCCACACCAGAGAGAAGUCGUAUAAAUGUACAGUGUGUGGAAAAUCCUUCAGUGCCCCCAGUGCCCUUACUUGCCAUAAGAGGAUUCACACAGGGGAGAAACCCUAUGAAUGUUUACAGUGUGGAAAAAGCUUCAAUAGAUGCGAUACGCUAACUAAACAUAAUAUGAUGCAUAAGGGGGAGAAACCUCAUAAAUGCCUGCAGUGUGGAAAAGGUUUCCGUCAAAAAGUUCAUCUUAAGUCACACGAGAGGAUCCACACAGGAGAAAAACCCUUUCAAUGCGUGAUGUGUGGAAAGAGCUUCCGUUUCUCAGCAAGCCUUAAUGUCCAUCACAGAAUCCACACAGGGGAGAAGCCCUUUCAAUGCCUGCAGUGUGGAAAGCGCUUUUCUCUUUCCGGUGGCUUUCAUGCCCAUGAACGGACUCACACAGGGGAGAAACCAUACAAAUGCGUGGAGUGUGGAAAGAGCUUUGGCUCUGCAGGUGAGCUCACUUACCAUAAUAGGACCCAUACAGGGGAAAAGCCGUAUCAUUGCACGGUGUGCGGAAAGAACUUUGCACAAAAAGGCAACUUCAAUUUACAUAAGACGAUCCACACUGGAGAGAAGCCAUAUAAAUGUACAGAGUGUGGAAAAUGCUUCAGGACCCCCUGUGAGUUUACUUCCCAUAAGAGGAUCCACACAGGGGAGAAACCCUAUGAAUGCUUGGAGUGUGGAAAAAGCUUUAGCCGCAGCCGUACUCUAACCUUACAUAAUAGGAUGCAUAAAGGGGAAAAACCUUAUAAAUGCCAGCACUGUGGAAAGAGCUUCAGUCAAAAAGUUCUUCUUAAGUCACACGAGAGGAUCCACAUUGGGGAAAAAUCAUUUCAAUGUUUGGAGUGUGGAAAAACCUUCAAUUGCUCUGCAAAUCUUACUUCCCAUAACAGAAUCCACACAGGGGAGAAGCCCUUUCAAUGCCUGCAGUGUGGAAAGCGUUUUGCCAAUUCUGGUUCCUUUCAUGCCCACAAACAGACCCACACAGGGAAGAAACCAUACAAAUGCCUGGUGUGUGGAAAGAGCUUCCGUAGAUCCAGCCACCUAACUCGUCAUGAAAUUAUCCAUACUGGAGAGAAACCAUAUCAAUGUACCGAAUGUGACAAACGCUUCAAUAAUCCACAUAGUCUAACUGAUCAUAAAAAGACCCACACAGGUGAAAAGCCUUAUAAGUGCAUUGAAUGUGACAAAUGCUUCACCAAAUUGUGGUCCCUCACUUGCCACAAAAGGCUCCACACUGGGGAGAAACCAUAUGAAUGCCACACUUGUGGAAAGAGCUUCAAUACAAAACAUAGCUAUAUUGUACAUAGCAGGAUCCACACUGGGGAGAAACCAUAUCCAUGCCAGGAGUGUGGAAAACGCUUCAGUGAUUCUGGAGCGCUGACGAUCCAUAAAAGGAUUCACACAGGGGAGAAACCAUAUAAGUGCACGGAGUGUGGUAUGAGUUUCAGAAUAAGUAGUAGCCUUGGUAUCCACAAGAGGACCCACACUGGGGAGAAACCAUAUACAUGUCAUGAGUGCGGAAAAAGCUUUAGUCGAAGUCAUUCACUCAAGAACCAUAGAAGGCUUCACUCAGAGGAGAAACCCUAUAAAUGCCUGGAGUGUGGAAAAUGUUAUAGAGAGAGUGGCCAGCUUACCUUCCACAUGAAGAUCCACACAGGAGAGAAACAGUUUAAAUGCAUCGAGUGUGGAAAGAGUUUCAAAGACGGCAAGAAUCUUGCGCUCCAUAAAAGAAUCCACACAGGGGAGAAGCCGUAUCAGUGUGUGGAGUGUGGAAAGAAAUUCAAAACCUGUAGUGACUUUAAUUGCCAUAAGAAGACGCACAGCAGGAAAAAAUGAUGUGAAUUGGUUUGUGUUGAUUCUCAAAAUUUGCUUCAUGUUGACAGAAGUUUUGCAGGAGAUUCUGUAGCAAUGCAUGGAGUAUGGGAAGGGCUUCCGAAGCAGCAGAAACGUCUUGAUCCAUUAAAAAGAAGUGUUGCCUUGUAGAACUAGUAAUUAACUUUUGGAUAUUAGCUCUUUGUGCUAGAGUAGAGUAGAAUAAGAUUAGAAACAAUAAGAAUAGAAAUGGAAUAGAAUAUAGGGAUGGGAAUGGGAAUGUGACUGGGAAGGGAAGGGAAUUCUCUCAUUGGCCAAGUGAGAUUGGACAUAGAAGAAAUGUGUCUCUGGUGCAUACGCUCUCAGCGUACAUAACACACAACAAGUGAUGAACUUUUGUCAAUGUAAACACCAAAGGUAACUAGGGAUUUGGAAACUAACCCAUCCAGAUGUCUAUGGAGAUUCUCAGUCAUCCAAGCUGUGAUUGUCCCAAAGGUGCUUUUAUCAAAAGGUAAGUGGACUUUUUUUCCCUUGAAGAGAUUUCCCUUCUCAUCCAGGAAGUUUCUUCAGUCUUCUUUCUUCUUGAAUGAGAAGUGAAAUGUCUUCAAAGAACUUUUCAGACUUUUGAAAAAAAAGCACCUUUGGUAUAACAGUUUCAGAAAACAUUAGGAUGCAGAAAGCUGGCUUAUAAUAGAGAGAAAAUGCUGAAAUAUUUCAAGAGGCAACAUUGCAACCUACGGGGUGAGGUCCAGACCUGGUGGUGUUGACUACUCAUAUUUCCCUAAUGUUGGAAGGAAUCAAGCAGUAGAUCUACUAUACCCAUGUGAAGAAAGUCAUGCUAAAACAAAGAGAAGCAGGAUCUUCAGUGAGCACUUCACUGGGAGAAAAUGACUGAACAGAAUGAACUAUUGAACCCAUUACGAGACUCAAGAGUUUUGUCAAAAGUAAUAACUGGAGGGAUGGUGCAUUUUUAUUAAUGCCCUAACUUACACAGUAGUUAAAGCAGGGGUGAAAUCUAAAAAUUUUCCCUACUAGUUCUGUGGGCGGGGCUUGGUGGUCAGGUGACUGAAUGGGCCAAUAAUAAUAAAUAAUAAAAAUAAUAAAGUAUACAAAACUUGGGAGCGCACCGGUCUUCCUUCUUUAAAAAUAGAGGCACCCGUCUAAUAAUUGCCUUUUUUUGGGAGGCAUCGGUCUACCUUCUUUAAAAAUAGAGGUACCGGUCUACUAGCCACCUACAGCGCUGAUCAGCUGUAGUGUGGCCCUUUGAAGUGCCGCGGCAGUCAUUUAAGGCUGUUUGCAGCUAUAUCACGACCAAAAGCUUCAGGGACAGAGAAGAGGAACAGCGAGGCAAGGGAGGCAGGGAUUUUUGCUACCGGUUCUCCGAACUACCCAUCCCCAUCGCUACCGGAUUGCGUGAUCUGUCCCGAACCGGGAGCAUUUCAUUCCUGAGUUAAAGGCUUAGCUUAUACAUCUCGGAUAUAGGCUCUUUUCGGUCUGGAAAUUGGACAAUUUAGGGAACCAGCUUUAGAAAAUACAGGCAGCCCUUGACUUACGGCCACAGUUACACCCAUUUCCAUGGCUAAGCAAGACAGUUGUUAAGUGAGUUUUGUGCCAUUUUACAACCUUUGCCACAGUUUUUCAGUUAGUAACAUGGUUGUUAAGUGAAUCUGGUUUCCCCAUUGACUUUGCUUGUCGGAAGGUCUCAAACGGUGAUCACAUGACCCUGGGACACUAUAAAAAAUACAGGCCAGUUGCAAAGCAUCCAAAUUUUGAUCACAUAGCACAGGGAUGCUACAAGAGUUGUGUAAAAAAAUUCAUAAAUCCUUUUUUUCAGUUCUGUUGUAACUUCAAAGAAAUGAUUGUAAAUUGAGGACUAAUUGUAAAGCAGCAAUUGAUUGUUAUUAAAGCAGAGUCAUGAAUAUUAAGAAUUUUUGUUUCAGUCUAACUCGGGGGUCUCCAACCUUGACAACUUUAAGCCUGGAG